GGACUCCAAUGCCCACAACUCUUCCCGUGAUGACGCCGCCGCAGCAGCGCACAACGCGUCUCACGCAACGCUCUGUGUUUUGAAGAAGAACGGAAGAUGGCGACCUCAAACAAUCCGCGAAAAUUUAGCGAGAAAAUCGCCCUGCACAACCAGAAGCAGGCGGAGGAGACCGCGGCGUUUGAGGAGGUCAUGAAAGACCUGAGCAUCACGCGAGCUGCACGGCUGCAGUUACAGAAGACCCAGUAUUUGCAACUAGGCCAGAAUCGAGCUCAGUGCUAUGGAGGGUCACUGCCCAAUGUCAAUCAGAUUGGAAAUAGCAACACUGACCUCCCUUUUCAGACGACAGUUCUAGACACCAGUCGGACGUCCCGACAUCAUGGCCUGGUGGACCGCGUGUAUCGUGACAGGAAUCGCAUAGCUUCUCCACAUCGUAGACCUCUCUCUGUGGACAAGCAUGGACGUCAGAUUGACAGCUGCCCCUACGGCUCAGUAUAUCUGUCACCACCUCCCGACACAAGUUGGAGGAGGACCAACUCUGACUCAGCUCUACACCAGAGUGCUGUGAAUCCAGCUCCACAGGACACUUUUGUUGGUGGAUCUCAAGAAUUGCAGUCAAAAGGAGUGAAAACAUUGCUGUUGCUUACCCCUCCAGACACAGAGGACACUGAGUCAGAGAUGGAGAAAGAUGAGCCCAAAGCAUCUCUGCAUACAGAGUCAUGUGAUGUUCCUGGGAUUAACAUAUUUCCAUCUCCUGAUCAAGAAAUGAAUAGCUCUUUGAUGCCAGCUGCUCACAGCACAGGCGGCUCCUUACCUGAUCUGACAAACAUCCAGUUCCCUCCUCCUCUUCCCACCCCACUUGAUCCAGAUGACCAGAUUACCUUUCCUACGUCCAGCUCCAGUAGUACCAGCAACCUGACCACCAACCUGACACACUUGGGUAUCAGUGCUGCUAGUCACAUCCCUCCCUCUCCUCCUGCCCAGCACACUGCCCCCGCCCCCUCACCCAGUCUCAGCCCACAGCAGCCCACCCCCACGCUACCACCUGCGGUCUCACCUCAGAUACCCAUCGCACAGCCGAUCACGAUGGACAGUCUGACACUGGAGCAGCAGUUGUCUCAGUACUCACUGCUGAGUUUACUGAAUGACCUGCAGAAACAGCCGCAUACGCUUCCUCAGAACAUUCGUCUCAUACGGCUCCCACCUCUCACCGUAAGCUCCGCCCCCAGCACCGUCCAGACCUCUCUUGCCAGCCAAUCACAGACAGACACAAGUGGAUCUGCCAAUUCAUAUCGCAAUCAGACCGGCUCUUCGGCCAAUCAGUCACCAACAUCUCCAGUGUCCAAUCAGGGCUUCUCACCUGGCGGUUCACCACAACAUAUUCAGGUGGUUGGCAGCAUCUUUGGAGAUUCAUUCUAUGAUCAGCAACUUCCGUCCAGACAGACCAAUGCCCUCUCCAACCAGCUGGAACAGUUCAACAUGAACAUGAUGGAGAAUCCGGGCGACUCCAGUCACUGUUCAACACUGAACUACACCCAGGCAGCCAUGAUGGGUUUAACUGGGAGCCACAACAGUCAGCAGGAGGCACAGCAGCUGAGCUACAGUAGCCAUGGCAACAUUCCCAACAUCAUUCUCACAGUGACAGGGGAAUCUCCACCCAGUCUCUCCAAAGACCUCACCAGCUCAUUAGCCAGCGUUGGUGACGUCAGCUUUGAUGCAGACUCUCAGUUCCCAUUGGACGAGUUGAAGAUUGACCCCUUGACACUGGACGGACUGCAUAUGCUCAACGACCCGGACAUGGUUCUCACCGACCCGGCCACUGAGGACACAUUCCGCAUGGAUCGACUGUGAACCUGUGAAUGCAAUUUUAAGCGAGACUUUCCGCUGCAUGGCCUCUCUGUUCACCAUCUGGUCAGUGGCUGACCUCGUCCUCCCAACCACCCACAUAACAGCAUGCUGCCGAACCACUCAUGGCCAGGGGCUUGUGGUGGUAGCAAGGGUUUGGGGGGUGUGGAGGUGGAAGUGCUGUAUCCACACUGGAUUGUUUCCAAUGCACAAUACUGUCCACCAUCCACUCUCUUCAUGUAUUCAUGUUUUGUUUUUGUUUUUUUUAAUCCUGUUAUUUUGUUUGGUCGCCAAUGUGCAUUUUCUGUUUAUCUUGAUGUAUUUUGUGUUUUGUUUAUCGUUUUGAUUUUGUAGGCAUAUAGAUCUCAUUUUAUGGUUCACACCAUUUUUGUUAUGUUUAAUAAUUCAUAUUUAUUUCAGUAUGUUUUAUUAUUUUUGUCACAUUAAGUGAAUUGCCAAUUUUCAUCUAUUUUAAAAUGUUUACAUAAUUUUGCCAUAUGUCCAUGAAGAAUUAACUGUUUGUGUAAUUAUGUGUGUGAAAUCGACAUAUUUAUUUAUAAUAUAUAUAUAUAUAUAUAUAUAUAUAUAUACAUAUAUAUAUAUAUAUAUAUACAUAUAUAUAUAUAAAAUUGAAUCAUAUUUCUGUAAGGAGCACUACUCCCCCAGAUUGUGUAUUGAGGGUUGAAGGGAGCGUUGCUCAUUGUACACUGGAAGGCAUAAAGUUUGCUUUUACAAAAUGGCUUCCAUGGCAUUUCAAUUUGCUAACAUCAUGUAACAUCCAAACAUCUCAAGAUGUCACAAUUGGUGUUAUCAUUCUGGUUUUUUAAUGUUUGCCUGUAAUUCAUGAAAUUUUCUAGCAAAAGGACAGCAGUCUCUCGAUAGAAAUAUAACCCAUAUUUUGGUGUUUUUGUGGACUGUCAUGUGACUUUCUGUAUGUUUUGCAUAUGUUACUCAAAUUGAAGAUUCGAUUACUGUUAUCGCUGUAAUGUACACUUCAACAGUGGUCAGUAAACGUGACCCAAGAGCUGCUGCAGAAUCCUGCUGAACACUUCACUGUGAGAGGACCUGGUUUUGCCUUAUAUGAACAAAAUGCUGUUUUUAACUGUCGACGUGUUUUUCUAAUCGUCUCCGAAGUGUUUUCCUCUCAAUAUUCUCGUUUUACUAAUGCCAUUUUGUUUAGUAUUGAAUGCUGUAUAGUUUGUACUUGUACUGCCAAACAUAACUCAAGGUUCUGUGUGAAGAUGAUGUCAUUCAUCAGGCAGGGGGAGAGUAAUGCUCCUUAUUCUGUGCUGUGCUUUCAUUCCCACAUGUAUGUUCGAGCCCUGUCGCAGCUUGAUCAAGUGAUGUUUUUUGCCCUGUGUGCUAUAGCAGAGGUCUUUAACCCUGCUGUCCUGCAGAGUUGAGUUCCAUCCCUGAUCAAAGCUAGUCGAGCUCUUUGGGAUCGCUCGAAAACACACAGGCAGGUGUGCUGAAGCAGGUUGGAAAUAAACAGUGGGUCCCCAGGAGCAAGGUUGAAAACCUCUGUGCUAUAAGAAGGAAUUAAGGAAUCACUCAUUUACAAUUCAGUGACAGUUUUGAUCUCUAUAUGCAGUGGGGUCUAAAAAAAACACCCCUUUUUUCAAUCAAACCUGGAAAGUUGUACGAUUUUAAAAAUGAAUCUCAAACAAAGAAAAGUUAAAUUAAAAAAAAUUUGUAUCUGAGCCAGUUGUAUUUUUAAGAAUUAGUGUUAACAAAGAUUAAUAAAUACUUAUUUGGCAACAAUUUACAGUAAGGUCUCAUUAGUUAAUGUUUGUUAAUGCAUUAACUAACAUUGAGUAAUACAGUUGUUGCAGUAUUUAUUAAUCUUUGUUAAAGUUACUUAAAAUUCAGCUGUUCAUUGUUAGUUCAUGUCAGCUGAUUAUUAAAUAUUUUAAUUAAAUAUUAACAGAUACAACAUUUUAAUUAACAUGAAGUACUUUUCAUUGUUAGUUUAUGUUAACUGUUAACAAAUGGAAACUUACUGUAAAGUGUUACCAGAAAUUCUGAGAGAUUUGAUAUUUUUUUAGUCAAACUGUUAUGCGGAUGAUAUAGAUUUUUUUAAUUAUUUAAAGAAAUUAUCCAUUUUCAGGCUUUUGGGUCCCACUGUAUCUAAUUUGUCAGUCUAAAAACAUUAAUUUUAUGCUACUGUGGAUAAAUUACCUGCUGAAGUUUAGUCCUUUUUGGCCAGAUACAUUUGUAUCCUUCAAGGAAAUAACUCUUAAAACUGUGCAAAUCCCAUUUGUGAUUCCUAUGCAAACUAAAAGCGUUAAUCAACUAACAAUCUGGAAUAUUUUCAUUUGAAAUAUGAAGGGCUGAGAAGUAAGGAUUGCCUCAGAUGGUGGAUAAACUCUAGUUUAUUAGACGUAACAAAAACUGCAAUACUCACUUAAGUUUUUUUAUUCCUCAAACUGUGCCAUUCAGAAUAUUUCUUCUAUCGUUUUCACAUGUUUACCAUGAACGUGUUUGUCUCGGACGCUUUUUUCCUGAAAAUAGUGUACAUAAAGCUUAUCACAAGAAUAUGGCGAGUGCAUGUCAAAACGAGAAAAUACCUAUAGAGAACGAGGUCUUCAUUAGCUUGGCUGAUUCCAGUGAAAAGAUUCACUGCACAUAAAACAAUAUAGACCCCAGAGACACAGUGCAUGUAUUAGUUAAUGCUAGUGGUGUCAUUUUACUGGUUUAUCACUGAUAACCAUGUCUAUGAUCAUGUUUAGAAACAGAAUGUAUUUAUGGGGCUCCGUGUUAUGAUGACCAAAUGACCUGCUUGGCAAUGCUUGACCAAAGCACUAUUGUUCUUUUCUGAUCUGUUAUGUUGCCUUUUUUGGGGGGGGAUGAUGGGUCACAGUAGCAUUUUUCUGUUCAUCACAGUUGUAGCAUGUUUGAUAUCUUCAGUUGGGUCAUUCCCACUCCCUGUCGAUUUGCUCAGCCCUUGCAUCUUGAGUUUCCGUUUGAAAUCCUGUCAGAAAUCUGGAAGACAUGGCAGCUUUCAUACUGAUAUAUGUGCAUUUCUUCAAAAUCUUCUGGCUGAUGCUCCUCGGCGCUUCAGCCAUGGCUUUGCUCAUGAAACUUGGACUGUUUUAUCUUCUGAGAAUGCCGACUGUUCAACCCUGUACAUGCAUUUUCCCCCAGUUUAUUGUGAAGGUGUUCUCUGUAUUGCACUGAUCAUUCAGAGGGAAAACAAUUCUGGAAGCGUAUAUGUGACUUCCCAAUGCAAACCGAAAAAAGGGCUCAGUCUGUUUGUUGCUUUACCAUGUUAAACAUUAGGAGAUGUGGGCAGACUGCAUGUGUUUAUUGGUCAAAUAAGCUGUUGUUGAUGCACAUGCAGCAUGCAGCCAAACUGCCUGUUUGGGGCAUUUUAUUGGAGCAGUUUUAGCUGACAGCACUUCUGUGUAUGUUGGACUUGUUAAUUUGUGUCCUGAUUAUUUGUGUGAGCGCAAACCCCCUUUAGCGUAAAUUCCCCUUUAAGCCUUAAUAGAACUGCUGAGCAGUUAGUUACCAUGAUUACCAUGUCCGUACCAUUAAGACUAAAAAGUUGACUAGAUGGGAUGUACUUCUUGAUAAACAUAAUGAUAGUGACCCAUAGGAUAGCGCUGACCAGUAUAACAACCCUUCCCCUUUCAUAACAUUAGCAUAAACUAAGUGCCAUCUACAUUGAUUUCUUUCUGUAAAGAUGAUAUAUUUUUUAUUUCGUCAACUGUCAUUUCACUUAAGGCAGGUUAAGAAGUAUUAAAAGACAUUGUAAACAAGCCACUCGUGAGAGUGUUAGAUUACAGAAUGCGCGUCAAAUCUUUGUGAUCUUUCAUUUUGUGAGCAUAAACAGCGCUCGCUCUUUAUUGGAAUUAACGGUAUAUUAGGACAUAUAAUUUGUGGUUGUCUAGAGCUUUCAUUGGGUUGGAUCUAUCCAGAUGCCCAUUUCUAUAGUCGCUGUGCUGGUGUGGUCAUCUUUGUCUCCUAUUUGUGGUAACUGAUUGUAGAAGGAACUGAUUUCGUCUUUGUCGUUUGCUGGUCCUUUUCCUUUCUCAGAAAAAAAAAAAAAUGCUAAAUAUGGAUGUGCAUGAUGUCUCAGCUGCAUAUAUCAGAGCCUUCUUGUUAUAUCAUUUAUAUUUUGUAACCUGUAUUUCUGUACGUGUUUUUAAAAUACAUAUAUAUAUUUAAA